AUGCACGAGAAACCUGGUGGAUAUAUGACACUUAAGGAUGCUAUUGAAUUAAUUACUGGCUAUACAAUAUCAGAGAUAGAUAAUGCAAUUUUGUGUGAUAUAUGCUUUUAUAAAGUAGAAUCAUAUAUAAAAUUCCGUUCUCAACUUGUUGCUUCAUUUGGAAGAUUAAACAAUAUCCAAAUAUCAGAUCUUGAUUCAUCAGAUUUAAAAAAUGUGGAUAUUACAAAUACUUCUCUAUUCUCUAAAAUAACUAAUACAGAAUCAGAAAUACCCAAGGAGAUAAUGAAUAUCAAUGAAAAUAAUGUUUCCUCAAACUGUAGCAAUCUAUCGAGCAGGGAGACUACAAAUGAUUCAUGUUAUACCAAUUCACCAUCAAAUUUCCAUCAUUAUGUUGAUAAUGUCUCCGAUUAUGGCAGCGAUAUUGAUGAUAAUUUGAAUGUUGAUAUAGCUCGUUCAAGGAUUCAGAAGAGCGAUAUAGAAUCAGAUAUAAAUGUAUGUUCUGGCGAAGACGAUGAAGUAUUAGAAUUACCUGUCGAAUACAAACAUAGUGAAGCUAUCAACAUCAGUUCGACAGAAUCAGAAGAAGAUUACGAUUAUGGCCCGACUUUCAAAAAAAUUAAGCUUUCAAAUCGAAUUUCAUCUCCAGUGAUAUCGUCUUAA